CUGAGAGACACACAAACCCACUCAAGAUUCACAUGUCUCGUCCGCUUCUCUUCUUCUUCUUCCUCUAUCUUGUGUUGGUCGUCCCUUGUCUCUCCCACGGAGCCGGAGGAGACCGCGACGACGAUGAGGCUGCGCCCGUUAAGAGUUCCGAUCUCAAAUCAAGAUCUCUAAUCUCUGUCAAAAUCGGAUGUCUUGUCAUCAUCUUUGUCCUCACCUUCAUCAGCGGCGUGUCUCCCUAUUUCUUGAAAUGGAGCCAAGGGUUUUUGGUUCUCGGCACACAGUUCGCCGGAGGAGUGUUUCUUGCGACCGCCUUGAUGCAUUUCUUGUCCGAUGCCGACGAGACGUUUCGGGAUUUGUUGACGGCGGAAGGAGAGUCGAAGCCAUCUCCGGCUUACCCAUUUGCUUAUAUGUUGGCUUGUGCUGGUUAUAUGUUGACCAUGUUCGCUGAUUCUGUCAUCUCUCAUGUCUACUCCAAGACCCAAUCUUCUUCAUCCAACGAUCUGGAGGUCCAAAAAUCGAAUCAGAGUUCGGUUGGAGACAGCAUUCUAUUGAUCGUUGCUCUGUGUUUCCACUCUGUUUUCGAAGGCAUAGCCAUUGGGAUCUCAGAGACUAAAUCAGAUGCUUGGAGAGCUCUAUGGACAAUAACUCUCCACAAGAUAUUCGCAGCGAUUGCCAUGGGAAUCGCUCUUCUCCGUAUGAUACCUGACCGUCCUCUAUUCUCCUCAAUCACAUAUUCUUUCUCAUUCGCCGUCUCGAGCCCCAUUGGAGUUGCGAUCGGAAUAGUCAUCGACGCAACAACUCAAGGGUCGGUCGCGGAUUGGAUAUUCGCAGUGUCGAUGAGCUUGGCGUGUGGGGUUUUCGUUUAUGUCUCUGUGAAUCAUUUGCUGGCAAAAGGGUAUCUCCCAAACAAAAAGGUUCACGUCGAUGAGCCUCGUUUUAAGUUUUUGGCCGUUUUGUUUGGAGUUGUUGUCAUCGCCAUUGUCAUGAUAUGGGACACUUGAAUUUUAGAGUCUUUUCGAUUUUUGUUUUGUUUUUUAACAAUUUGUAAAGAAAAAGUUGUUUUUUAACAAUUUAGAGUCUUUUA